AACCCGCAUCCACCCCUAGCACGCGUCCCUUAUCCCACGAGAAGGGAGAGCUGGGCGUGAGAGGUGUAGCCGUGGUACAAUGCUGUGACUGUCGCGUGGCUGUGCACGUGACUUGCUACGGCAUCCAGAGCAUCGACAACCCCUCAGAGUGGAGAUGCAGUUUGUGUGCCACACUGGAAUACCAACAGGGUGAUAAGCUGGCCGUCAACUGUGAGCUGUGUCCGCAGCAAGGGGGAGCCUUCAUGAGUGCGGGCAAGAACAAGUGGGUGCACACGGCGUGUGCGCUGUUUAUCUACGAGUCCUACUUUCAGGGCUGGAGAGAUGGGGUAGGGUUUCCAAGCCGAAGACCGGUGCUGAAAGAGCCGAUUAUGCUGGACAAGAUACCAGCAUCUCGUAAAAGUUUGAAAUGUAAGAUCUGCGCACAAAGCAUGGGUACGGCCGCGGGGAAGAAGAAGGUCGCCAAAACGGCCUGCAAGCAAUGCGACUACGGACAAUGUGUAGUGGCCUUUCACGUCACGUGUGUGCAACGGUCACCAGACUAUCCCACAGAGUUUGACUGGUCACAGUUCCCCUCCUACAACGCCCUGUCCACCUAUUGCACCAAUGUCAAGCAUCCUCCACAGAAA